AGCGGAACCCCACACAACCUUUCUGUUUUUCAUCUGAAGCAUCAAAUUUCAGUCUCGCUUUCCCUCUCCUCCAAAGAGGGAAAUAAGCGUACCUCUUUGUGCAACAAGACAGGGGUGCGCAUCGCACUUCUACUCAGCGAUGCUGAAUGUCAACAUUGGGCUUCUGGGGCACGUGGACAGCGGUAAAACGGCCCUUGCCAAGGCGCUUUCCUGCACCGCCUCCACCGCGGCGUUUGACAAGAGCCCGCAAAGCCAAUCGCGUGGGAUCACCUUAGACUUGGGCUUCAGCGCGUGUGAGGUGUCACGCGACGACGGUGAUGAUGCGCGUGAGGUGCUAGCGGAGUCCCAACUAGAAAAGGUACAGUGCACCCUCGUGGACUGCCCGGGACACGCCUCGUUGAUUCGCACCGUCGUUGGUGGGGCACAGAUCAUUGACGCGAUGGUGCUCGUCAUUGACGCCACAAAAGGCAUGCAGGCGCAGACGGCGGAGUGCCUGGUGCUGGGCGAGGUGCUGGCGAAGCCCCUCGUGGUGGUGGUGAACAAGAUAGACGCUGUUCAGGGCGGCACCUCCGCCGACAAAGCCGCCGCGCUCGCAACGCUGAGGAGGAAGCUGCAGCAAACAUUUCGCCGCACACGGUGGCCGACCGUCGCCGUUGUGGAGGUGGCCGCGGCACCGCGAGAGGCCAACGGUGGCAUCGGUGCCGCACGCAACGUCGACGCCGUCCUGCCGCAGGUCCUCCGCAGCGUCGACCUCGCCGCGUUGAAGGCGACGAAGGAACGAGAAGGUGAGCGACCAGAGCGCUUUUACAUGCUCGCCGAUCACUGCUUCGCCGUGCGUGGGCAGGGCACCGUGUUCACCGGCACCGUCGCCGCUGGCAUGGUACGCGUCGGGGACACGAUCCUCGUGCCGGAGCUGCAGACGACGCGCAAGGUGAAGGGAUUGCAGGUUUUCCACACGCCGGUGGAGUCCGCGCGCAGCGGUGACCGCGUCGGCCUCUGCGUCGCUCAGUUCGACCCUACCUCCUUCGAGCGGGGUGUGUUGUGCAGCACCGCCGGCAGUGAACGGACGCUGGUCAGCACGUCACAGCUCAUCGCGCGGGUCCACAAGGUGCGGUAUCACCCUCUUCCAUGCGACACCCACACGAAAUUUCACAUUACCAUUGGGCACGCGACGGUGAUGGGCACGAUGCGCUACUUUGCUAGGCCGCGUGCGGCGACGACUACUUCCAGUGCUGCUCCUCCACUCCCGUCGAGCAGCACGACAGCACAUGAAGUGAAUGACGCCUUUGACCCCAUGGUAGAAAGUGCGUGGGUGGAGGAGCUGGACGAGGACGCCGUGGCCAGCUACGCAGCGGUGGAUGGAGACAGCAGCAGCAGCAGCCCCGCGGUUGCUGCGGGUCGCCCCUCCCCUGUUGUGCCGGGUGCACGCGAGUACUACGCUGUUCUGCUGCUGGAGCGUCCGGUGCUGGCGGCGGCAGGCAACUCGAUGGUCGCGAUGCGGCUCGACGUCGAGCGGGAGAAUUUCUGUCGCAUUGCGCUGGCCGGCACAGUUUGCUACACCUUUGCGGGCGACGGUGGCGAUAGCAACGUCACUACACAGGCGGACGGCGACACUGCGGCGUGGCGACGGCUGCCGGUAGUGCGCUACACCUCACGCACACUGCGGGUCGACCGCGUGCUGGAUAGUCGCAGCUGCAUUGCCGAUGGCGUCGUGUCGCUGGCCGGGCAUUCGAACGUCAGUGGGGCCGCGACGCCUGCCGAUGCAGGAAAGCUGGGGAAUAACAAGUCUGGCAAGGCGCCAGCCGAGUCGCGUCCAAAGAGUGAGCUUUUUGGUGAGGUGCAGAAGUUCAUCCGACUGAAGGUCCUUUUCGAAGACGGAGGCGACGCCGGCGGCACCGCAGAAGAAUCGCUCGAGGAGAAGGACGCGACGUCAGCACCGGAGCGGCCCCACGCAGCAGGGUCGGUGAUGGGCAUCGUUGAUUCAACCUUUGGUAAAACAGGAAAAGUGAAGCUCGUUUUUGAGGCUCCUGUCUUUGCGGACCCUUCCACCGCCACGAAGGGCUCUUCAGGUGGCGUUGCUGGCGGGGCGAAGCGCAAGAAGAAGACGGGAGACCGUGGCGACGAUGGCGAAGAGGCGAUGAGGGAUGGGUUUCUUCGACCUGGCCGCAUUCUGCUCAUAUUGAAGAAGUCCCCGUUUGCACUUCACUCCGCCCUCGACCAGUAG